AUGACUCAGAGUAAACAUGACUCUCGAAUGCCGCUAUUAUACGGAGUUUACCUUCUUCGAUCAUUGACUAAGCAAAACUCCUUCUAUAUUGGAUCUACUCCUAAUCCUUAUAGACGACUUAGACAGCACAACGGAGAACUAUCACAGGGAGGAGCCUGGAGAACGAAGAAGAAAGGGUAUCGCCCCUGGCGAAUGGUGAUCUAUGUUCAUGGAUUUCCCUCAAACAUCAGUGCAUUGCAAUUUGAGCAUGCCUGGCAACAUGCCUAUCGGACUAGACAUAUACCGGUGGAGAAGCGACGUCACAACGGAAAGAAGAACACAGGCAGUGGCACUACGGUGCAUGAGAAGGUUGCAAAUUGCAGACUAUUACUAGGUUCCGGGUCUUUUAGCAGACUGGGAUUGAAAGUGACCAUUUUUAAUAGAGAUAUCUACGACGUGUGGCUCACUAACAAGUUUCAGAUCGAUAUUCCAGACUACAUCUUACUAGAGAUUAGAGUGGAUGAUGCCAUCGACCAAAGGCUCAUUGAAGGAGGUAACUACGAGCAGGUAAAGUCAUUUAUGAGCGAUAUUCAGAAGAUGGAGGAGCAAUAUACGGAUGAAUCUAUUGAAACUUUGAAGCAACAGCAGGAGCAGCAUCUAUGCUGUAUUUGCGAAAUGCCUCUAGAUGUGGAAUCUGAUGUGAUAUGCUUCUGCUUUCAUAAGGAAUGCACAGCAAUUUACCACUGUGCAUGCUGGAGCAAACUUAUCAUGUUAGAAAAUCCGACGCAGGAGAUGGCUCCUGUGCUUCCUAUACGGGGAAAGUGUUGUCAGUGUGGGAAGGUGAACUUCUGGAAUAUGGUGGUACGAAAUGCUCAGACAGUUAAGGAAAGAUGCAGAAAGAAGGAUUAUUUAUUUACAGCCUAA